AUGGCUUCCCAAGGCCCCAUAACGACCUCUCUCACCACCCUCCUCAAUAUCAAACACCCAAUCCUCCUCGCCGGCAUGGCACGUACAUCCGGCGGGCCCCUCGCAGCAGCAGUCUCCAAUGCAGGAGGCCUAGGCUGCAUAGGCGGAUUGGGAUACACGCCCAAACAGCUCCGCGAAAUCAUCCACGAGCUGAAAGCCAAUCUCGAUUCGCCGUCCCUCUCAUUUGGCGUAGAUUUGGCACUUCCCAAAAUAGGCGAGGGUGCAAGAAAGACGAACCAUGAUUACACGCAUGGUCAGCUAGAUGAUUUGAUCAAUGUGACAAUUGAGGAAGGAGCAAAGCUGUUCAUCAGCGCGGUGGGCAUCCCGCCUCCCCAUGUCAUCAAGCGCUUGCACGAAGCCGGUAUCCUGAUCAUGAAUAUGGUCGGGGCGCCGAAACAUGCGAAGUAUGCCUUGGACGCAGGCGUGGAUAUCGUGUGUGCUCAAGGUGGCGAGGGAGGUGGUCAUACGGGAGAUAUCCCGAAUUCCAUUUUGAUUCCUGCGGUUGUGGAUGUCGCGAGGCAGUAUAAGCCAAAGAUGUUGAAAGGGCAGACGGCGUUGGUUGUCGCUGCCGGUGGCAUUUAUAAUGGAAGGAGUCUGGCGAGUAGUUUGAUGCAGGGCGCUACAGGUGUCUGGGUUGGCACGAGGUUCGUGGCUAGCACCGAGGCUGGAUGUAGUCAGGAGCAUAAGGACGGUGUGGUGAGUGCUGCGUUUGAGGAUACGAUCAGAACAUUGGUCGUUAGUGGGAGGCCGCUGAGGACGAAGAAGAAUGCGUGGAUCGAAAAGUGGGAGGCUCAGCCGGAGAAGAUUAAGGAGUUGACGGAGAAGGGAGUUGUACCGCUGGAGUAUGAUAUGGAGAAGGGUAAUGAUUUUGAUAUUCCGCACCUAAUGGGUGUGGUGGCAGGUGUCAUUACGAGUAUCCAGCCGGCGAAGCAAAUUGUGGACGAGAUGGUUUCAGAGGCAGUUGAACAGCUGAAGCAGGCACAGACUUUCUUGGGCAGCAAGAGUAAGCUUUAA